GAGAGAAAACCGGGCGGCUGCUGUUUAGAGUCUGUUGAGGAUCAUGAGGACCCGGCUGAGCAUACACAUAAGCAUUCUCGCCUUUGGCCUGGUGCUGUGGCAGCUGCAGUCCGUGCUGGCCCAGAAGUACUAUAUGAAUUUUGCAUUCAACAACAACAAUCCGGAUGCCAAUGGCAACGGAGGUGGAGGCGGAGAGUCGCAGGAUGUGGCGCAACCCGUUACAAGGCUCGACGAUGACUCCGACCAGGCUGACACUCGGGAAAGUGGCAGCGACAGAAACAGCAAUGACGAUGGCGGCAGCGGCGAUGAUGAUAAAAAUGGCGAUGAUAACGGAGACAGCAACGACGGCGAUGGCGACGGAAGUGGAGAUGAUGGUGACAACAGCGGAUCGGGAGGAAGUGGUAGUGGCAGUGGGGGAAAGAGUGGCAGUGGGGAUAGCGAUAAUGACUCCCAGAAAAGUGGUGUGCCUGGCGUGGAUGAUGAUAACGAUGAUAGCGACAGCCAUGACACGCAACCUCGAGACAUCGAGGAUCAGAAUGAGGAUAACAAAGGACCCGACAACGAUCACAGUCACCACAGCAGCUAUGAGAUCAGCAUCGAUGAUAGCUUCGGCGGACGAUACGUUCGCUCCAUUUACGAGAGCUCCGAGAGCCAUGGUCACUCUGGAAGUGUUGCCGGCUCGGGAUCCAAGCGCUUGGACCAGGCCGAUAGCUCGGCUAGCAAAAAGGUUGGACAGACGUAUGGCAAUGAUGACUACGAGGAAUUCAAUGAGGAUUAGAGCGAUAAGUUGUGUAUGUCCGGUCCCUACAACAUUUCAAUUGAUGAAAAUUGCCAGUGGACAUUUUACAAUAAAUUAAAUAAAAUCAA